AUGCUUCUGGAGAAAAUUGGCCAUGACAAGACAAGCACAGCAGAAAGCCCCAUACACAGCAGGCCUCCUUACUUUGGUCCAGAGCCUCUCCACACCUCACCCCUGUACUCCACACCCCUCCACACCCCUGUACUCCACACCUCACCCCUGUACUCCACACCCCUCCACACCUCACCCCUGUACUCCACACCCCUCCACACCUCACCCCUGUACUCCACACCCCUCCACACCUCGCCCCUCUACUCCACACCCCUCCACACCUCACCCCUGUACUCCACACCCCUCCACACCUCACCCCUGUACUCCACACCCCUCCACACCUCGCCCCUCUACUCCACACCCCUCCACACCUCGCCCCUGUACUCCACACCCCUCCACACCUCACCCCUGUACUCCACACCCCUCCACACCUCACCCCUGUACUCCACACCCCUCAACACCUCGCCCCCUCUAAUCCUCACCUCUCCACCCCAGGCCCCUCCACACCCCUGCCCCUCCACACCCCUGUACUCCACACCCCUCCACACAUCACCCCUGUACUCCACACCCCUCCACACCUCACCCCUGUACUCCACACCCCUCCACACCUCACCCCUGUACUCCACACCCCUCCACACCUCGCCCCUCUACUCCACACCCCUCCAUACCUCGCCCCUCUACUCCACACCCCUCAACACCUCGCCCCUCUACUCCACACCCCUCCAUACCUCGCCCCUCUACUCCACACCCCUCAACACCUCGCCCCCUCUAAUCCUCACCCCUCCACCCCACGCCCCUCAACACCUCGCCCCCUCUAAUCCUCACCCCUCCACCCCACGCCCCUCAACACCUCACCCCUCUACUCCACACCCCUCCACUCCACACCCCUCCACACCUCACCCCUCUACUCCUCACCCCUCCACACCUCGCCCCUCUACUCCACACCCCUCCACACCUCGCCCCUCUACUCCACACCCCUCCACACCUCGCCCAUCUACUCCUCACCCCUCCACACCUCGCUCCUCUACUCCUCACCCCUCCACACCUCACCCCUCUACUCCACACCCCUCCACACCUCACCCCUCCACACCUCGCCCCUCUACUCCUCACCCCUCCACCCCACGCCCCUCCACACCUUGCCCCUCUACUCCUCAACCCCUCCACACCUCGCCCCUCUACUCCUCACGCCUCCCCCCCACGCCCCUCCACACCUCGCCCCUCCACCCCACGCCCCUUCACCCCACACCCCUCUACUCCUCACCCCUCCACCCCACACCCCUCCACACCUCGCCCCUCUACUCCCGCCCCUCUACUCCACACCCCUCCACCCCACUCUCCUCCACACCACACCCCUCUACUCCACGCCCCACCACCCCAUACCCCUCCACACCUCUCCACACCUCGCCCCUCUACUCCCGCCCCUCUACUCCACACCCCUCCACCCACUCUCCUCCACACCACACCCCUCUACUCCACGCCCCACCACCCCAUACCCUUCCACGCCCCUCCACACCUCGCCCCCCACCUCACGCCCAUCUGCCUCACACCCCUCCACCUCACACCACUCCGCACCACUCCAAACUCCUCCACUUCACACCAUCCAAUGAAGUUGCAAGUAAUUUAUGA